CUCAAGUUUCAGGACUUUGAAGUACAUGUGCAUUAUAAAGCAUGUGAUAUUAAUCCCCAUGCAGAUUUCUUCUUGAUCGAUAACUAGUAGCACUGUUAUAUACACCAUUUCUAGUUAUACAUCGUAUAUUUCUGUCUUUUUUUAGAAAUUUAGAUCUACCAAUGGCUAGUUUGAAGGGUCCUCAUCCUAAAGUUGUUGUUAUUGGUGCUGGUGUUGUAGGUCUUUCCACAGCUCUUUGUAUACAGGAGAUUAUGCCAGGAGUAGAACUUACAGUUAUAGCAGAUAAGUUUGAGAAUGAUACAUUAAGUAGUGGAGCUGGUGGUCUAUUUCGACCAGAUGAUAAUAUUGGACCUAGCAAUAAAAUUUUCAAAGAGUGGUGCAGAGACAGCUACAAUCACUUUAUGUCAAUUCUACAGACACCUGAUGCAAGUGAAGCUGGCAUUCAGCAGCUUUCAGGAUACCAUUUCAGUUCUAUUAACCAGGAGUAUGUAAAAAAUGAAGUAUUGGAGGAGUUGUUGCCAUUACUCCGGCCAGCAACUGAUCAAGAACACAAACUUUUUCCACCUGAACUGAAGGCUGGAAUGUUUUUCACUACCACUGUUACAGACUGUUAUCGCUACCUUCCUUGGUUGAGAAAAAGGGUUGCUGGACAGUUUGAUGUUGUCGUCAACUGUACAGGGCUAGGAUCCAAAACCUUGUUUGGGGACAAGUUUUUGAUCCCCGUGCGAGGACAAGUAAUCAAAGUUUCAGCUCCAUGGAUCAAACAUUUUUACUAUGCAGAUGACACUUACAUUAUUCCAGGGGUUGAUUACGUAACACUAGGAGGCACCAAAGAGCUGGGCAAUUGGAAAACUGAACUAUCUUCACAUGAUCGACAGUCCAUCUGGGAAAGGUGUAUUCGUCUAGUUCCUAGCCUACAGAAAUCCAAAGUUUUAUGGGAAUGGGUUGGUUUACGGCCAUUUCGUCAGCCUGUUCGUGUAGAGAAAGAAAUAAGAAACCUGAACUCUGGAAAGCAAAAGGUUGUUCACAAUUAUGGCCAUGGAGCCCAUGGUGUUUCUCUAUCUUGGGGAACUGCAAAGCAUGCUGCAAGACUUGUCAAAGAAAUUUUAGAUGAGCCAGUAGAUUUUACGACUUAUUCACGUCUAUAAAUCAUCUUACUGACCAACAUAAGCAAAGAGAACCUGCAAUAUAACUAAUUUUGAAAAACCAGUGAACAAUAAAGUUUACUGGAUAUAAUGCUCUGAAAGUUAUUUUAUUUGUUUUAAUGUUUCUUUACUUUAAAAGACAAUCAGCAUUUAUAAUAAAUUAUCAUUUUUUUUAAGAUUAUGUCCAUAUUUUUCUAAGAACUAAAAACAAAUUGGUAGUUGACCAUGAUGUUUUAACAGGUAAAGAUUUGUAGUUCUCAUAGAAAGUCAAAAAUAUUUUAUAUGGUUUGUAUAGAGUAUCUUACAGAUGAUAUUCAUGCUCAAAACUAACUUUAUUCAUGUAUGUUGUGGAAUGUAAUUUUAAUAUGACCAAUUAGUGCAGCAGUGUUUAUGAUAGCUUAUGAGGCAGUAGUUUAUCAUGAAGUGUAUAAUCAAGAGUUGGUUAGUGUAGAAUUAGAGCAGUAUUUGACUAAAAAAUAUUUGUUUAUUAUAAAGUAGGCAACUACUAGAUUUUCAUCACACAAUUUGCCAAAUAAUUGAUGUAUGUCAUAGAUUUAUUGCUAUGUAACAUGUUUUACAUUGGAAUGUAACUUUUUGAUAAAAGUGUAGUUUUAGGUUUUA